AUGUCAACACCUCGAAAGGGCCAUGGUUCUGCAGUGCUCCAUAGCGAAUUGUAUGUAGUAGGUGGAAGCAAUGAAAAUGCAGUCGACUUGAGCUCUGCUGAGAAAUACGACCUCCGUGCUGAGAAAUGGACUUCCGUGGCUAGUAUGAGCCGGUGCCGAAAUGGUUUAGGACUGGCUGCAGUUAAUGGAAAGUUGUAUGCUAUUGGUGGGAAGAAUGGUUCAGUAGUACAUAAUUCAGUUGAGGUUUUCGAUCCAAAGACGGACCGAUGGAAACACCACAGUAACAUGAACUGCAAGUUGGUGUAUUUGACUGUACGCCCAUUUUUCGUGCUUUCCUCGACGAUAGAAACUUUUAGGCGAUCCUACUCUGGUGUGGCUGUUCUACAGAAGCUUUAG